AUGGGAAAGACGAAAUACGUGGUGGUGACUGGAGGUGUCGUGAGCGGAUUGGGAAAAGGAGUCACAGCGAGCAGCAUUGGUGUUGUUCUUAAAGCAUGCGGCCUCCGGGUCACCUCGAUCAAGAUCGAUCCGUACAUCAAUACGGACGCGGGGACAAUGUCGCCAUUCGAGCACGGCGAAGUGUUUGUUCUGGACGACGGCGGAGAGGUCGAUCUGGACUUGGGGAACUACGAGAGAUUUCUUGACAUAACGCUCACGAGAGAUAACAACAUCACCACUGGCAAGAUCUAUCAGUCCGUGAUUGAACGAGAGAGGCGUGGUGACUACCUCGGCAAAACCGUCCAGGUGGUACCACACAUCACGACGGCCAUCCAGGAUUGGAUAGAGCGAGUGGCGCAGGUUCCAGUGGACGGCAGUGGGGAGAGUGCUGACGUCUGUGUCAUCGAGCUGGGCGGCACUGUUGGUGACAUUGAGUCGAUGCCCUUCAUUGAAGCUCUUCGUCAGUUUCAGUUCAGAGUUGGCCAGGAGAAUCUGUGUCUGGUGCACGUGAGUCUGGUGCCGGUGCUGGGAGUGGUGGGCGAGCAGAAGACCAAGCCCACGCAGCACAGCGUGCGCGAGCUCAGGGCGCUCGGCCUCAUGCCCAACCUGCUCGCCUGCCGCAGCGCCGAGCCUCUGGAGCCAUCCACGCGAGAGAAGCUGUCGCAGUUCUGCCACGUGCCUGUGCAAAACGUGCUGAACCUGCAUGACGUGAAGAACAUCUGGCACAUCCCGCUGCUGCUGCUCGAGCAAGGUGCCCAUCUGUCCAUUCUCAAGCAGUUUCAGAUCGAGCCUCCCGAGCCUAAGCUCCAGGAAUGGGCUCACCGAGCCAAGAGCUGGGACGAACUCACAGAGACAGUGAGCAUCGCCAUGGUGGGCAAGUACACGGGCCUCUCCGACUCCUAUCUUUCUGUGCUCAAG